GUCCUACAGUGUAUACGAACCCCGCUGAGAUGUGACGGCAUGCAUAUCCCCGCCGAAAUUCGACCCGUCAUGAGUGCAGCUGUUAGAGGGUACGAAAGUCGGAACUUUCAUGAUCCUGGUUCUAAAUUCCAUGCCAAUUUGAAACAAUCAUAUCCAAGCACAACCCAAGUAAUUUCCUUGUACCUGCUAUAGCCUGCUAUGGGUUCGGUUGUAACAUAAUCAUCUUCUGAAGCCUCCGUAAUAACAACAGCCGAGCUCCCACAAGGCUCCCAAGGCACAAUAUCCUUGAAGCCCGAGUUCUUUUAAGUUUACCUCUUCAUUCUUUUACCUUUUCUUCAUUCGUUCCCUUUUUCCCCUUUUCUCCAGGCUUCAUGUCUGUAUCGCUGGACUACCGUAUUCCAGCUCUUGCUGUCAUAUCUGUGAUAGCAUAUAACCUCGUCAGCUCGUGGUCAAGUAAGAAGAGAAACCCACAAGGGCUUCCCCUCCCUCCAGGUCCAAAGCCACUGCCAUUAGUGGGUAAUGUCCUUGGUCUCAAGAUUGAUGAGCCAUGGGUCACAUACACCCAAUGGGGUGCUACGUACGGCGGUUUGGUGUACUCUCGUUUGCUUAACCAAGAAAUCAUUGUGAUUAACACUGAGAAAGUCGCGAGGGACCUGUUAGAGAGGCGCUCCAACAACUACUCUGACAGACCUGGUAUAAUGCGCCUGACCAACGACUUUUUCGGGUGGUCGUUCAAUUCAGUUAUGGUCGGGUAUGGUGAUCGUUGGAGGCUCCACCGACGAUUGUUCCACCAAGCAUUCCGCCCAGAAGCAUCUUUUGCGUAUCAGCCAAUGCAGCUUCGCAAGGCGCGAGAGCUGUUGACCAACUUGUUCGAAGACCCAGUAAACUGGAGGGCGCAUGUACAAACGCACUCAGCCUCGAUUAUUAUGUCUGUCGUGUACGGUUACGAAACUGCCCCGAGGGAUGAUCCUAUCAUCUCUACUGUUGAAAGAGCUGUCAAAUUAGCGGUGUCUUCUAUCACACCCGAGGUUGCUGCCUUCCUUGGUGCAUUCCCAUUUCUGCAGCACAUUCCGCCUUGGUUCCCUGGAGCUUCAUUCAAGCGGACAGCAGUCUUGUCCACCAGGUAUGCUGAGGACAUGAUUGAAGCGCCAUUUCUCUACGUUGAGAAGAACAUGGCGUCAGGUUCGGCAUCCCCAUCUAUGGUCGCUGACUCUUUGAGAAGAGCCGAGGAUGAGAACGUGUCCGAGACGUAUGUAAAGGCCAUCAAAGAGUCUGCCGUAACUGCCUUUGCGGCUGCUUCGGAGACAACCGCCUCGACUAUGUUUAUUUUCGUCCUGGCGAUGCUCCAAAACCCGGAGGUACAAGCCCGCGCGCAGGCCGAAAUCGAUUCUGUGGUCGGUUCGGUCAGGCUGCCGAAUUUCGAGGACAGACCAUCAAUGCCAUAUGUUGAAGCUGUUCUCCGCGAAGUUCUCCGGUGGCACCCCGCUGUACCAUUAAGCGUUCCCCAUGCUGCCACUAAUAGUGACAUCUAUAAUGGAUAUUUCAUCCCACAAGGCGCUACGAUUAUAACCAACACAUGGGCAAUCACACGCAACGAAGCCAAGUACCCCAACCCAGAAGAAUUUAAGCCUGAGCGCUUCUUCGGUGCCGACGGCGAGUUGAACGACGACACCAUGAGCUAUGCCUUUGGUGCGGGUCGCCGAAUCUGCGUCGGGCGAUAUAUCGCGGAUGCAUCUGUCUGGUCUGCGAUGGUUUCGGUCCUCGCUCUCUUUGAUAUCAAGAAAUGCAAAGACGAGCAAGGCAACGAUAUCAAUGUAAAUCCGAAAUUUACUGCGGGCGUUACUUCCCACCCUUUGCCCUUCCCUUGUCACAUUGUCCCCCGAAGCAAAGGAUUUAGCCCAGAAAAGCUGGCUGAGAUGUUCUAAGGUUCGGUCGUCACGAUAUCUGGUUAUGUUUGUCAUCUUGCAGGCUUCUCUCUUUCUUGGACGUCCUCCAUAUCAAGAUAUGUUUUCGUAUUUUACUUUACAAACACAGUCGCUCUUUGUUAUACGUGUCCUGCUAUUCAUCUCUCGCUAUCCGUUCCAACCGCACUCGUUUAUUUCUACUCUCUUGGGACGUUCUCCCCUCAGUCUCUCAAUCGAAGACUGUUAUCCAUCAGUAUUUACCCACCCACCCACUUCCCUUCCUGACUAUAGCUUCCCAAAGUUUCUCCCGUCUCGCUAUCGUCUAUGCUAUUGUUGUAGUAUUUGGUUUCUCAAUCGAAGAUUGAGCGUUUUCCCGUCUCUAGUCUGAGCCUAUCUCCUCCAUAGCUUUCCAACCCCAUAAAUUUCAAUGCUAACGAUAUCUGACGUCCGCUCGUCACGAGGAUA